AUGCCAAGCAGGGGCCACUCCGAGGCACAGAUUCCUCCUUCGCUGCUACAUUCGCAAAGCUCGUGUAGCCCUGGCGCUGUGCAGGCCGCCCGCGCUGCCAACGGUCGCUCGGUCGCAGCCGCCCGAGCACAGAUUGCAGAGACCGUGCUUGAGGAGGUGGCGGCGCCAGCGCAAGCAGAGGGCAGUGGCCGAAGCGACGAAGCCAGUGGCGACGGUGGCGGCGGCGCUGGUGACGGUGGUGAUGGUGGGAGCGUCAGCAAUGGCCUGGGUGACGUGCCAGCGACGCCGGCCGACAAGACCCAUAAAGUCCUGACGCGGGAGGCAGCGGCGCGCCCGGGCGUCGCCGCAGUGGCAAUGCCAGAGGACGCCGCUCUCUCCGCACUCCAGCUGCAGCGGCUGCGCACGACGCUCGCGGAGUCCGAGUGCGAGCUCAGGCUUGCGGAGGAGCGCGCCGCCUUUGAAGAGGCGCUCGAGGAGGAGCGCGCGCGCACGGCGGUGGCGGAGGCGGCGCGCGUGGCGGCCAUCGAGGCGCUGGAGGCGGAGCGGGCAAAGGUUGCCGCGUUGGAGCGGCUUCUCUCGCACAUGCAGGACGACCAGAUCCAGCUGCAGCGCAAGUGGGCAACCUCAAAGAAGCUCGUGGCCGCGGCGGCGAAAGGGAGAUCGACACGCGCAACCGCCGCAAACGCGUCGGCGUCGCGUGCCACCGCCGCCGCCAGCGGUGGCAGCGGCGGGUCCGGCGGAGGCCGGUCGGAGGGUGGCGCUCCCUCUCGCGACCAGAAGACUGCCGCCGCGCCAACCGCGCCCGCCGCCGCCGCUGCCGUGGCCAGGCCGUUGCCGGCGCCGCUGCCUCCGCCGCCGUGUGCGGAGCUCGAGGGCUGGCUGCUCGUCUGGCUCGACCGGCUGCAAGUGGGCGAUGCCGACGGCGCCGCCAGACCCGGCGAUGCCCAGCCCGCCGGCGGCGAGGGCCCGUCUCUCGCCACCUUGGUCGACGGAGCCGCCUCCGGGCCGCCACCUUCUGGCGACCCAAAUGGCGAACAAGACGGCGCCGGAGGCGGACACGGAGGCGGAGGCGGAGGCGGACACGGAGGGGGAGGCGGAGGCGGAGGCGGAGGCGGAGGCGGAGGCGGAGGCGAUCCUGAGCGGUCGGACCUGUUUGCGCGGCUGCAGCUGACCCCGCGCGGAGGCGGAGCGGAGGGGCUGGUCGGCCGCGGCUUGCCUGUGCACGCGCAGCCGUCGUGGCUGAGCGUGUCGGGCGAGCCGCUCGCGCCGGUGCACUCGCAGCUCGGCGUCCCGUACAGCCGAGGUGCAGCCGAGAUGCAGCCGAGAGGGAGGGGAGGCCCCGCUCUGAGGGGAGACGCUCACGUUCCCUCGCCGCCUCCCCUCAGGCGAGGGCGGCGAAGGCGUGGCGUGGGGGCAGCCCUUCCUGCUGCCGGUGCCUGCUGGCGCGCCCCUCGUUCUGACCGCGACGCUCUGCCGCACCGACUGGGAGGGCGGCGGCGAGGCGCUCUGCGGCUCUCGGCCGGAGACCCCCGCAUCGGGACGACCCGAGGUCAGCCGAGGUCGGCCGAGAUCGUAGGCGCUCUGCGAGGCGUUCGGCGACCUGCUCGGCGCAGGCGGCUCCUCGCCGCUCGAGCCCUUUGCGGCGCUGCGCUGCGCGUGGCCGCUCACACCGCUGCAGCGCGGCGCGGCAAAGAGCGGCGCGACACCAGACGGCACCAUCCACCUCUCGCUCGAGUGGCGGCCGAUGCAGGGGGCGGGCGGCAGCGCGUGCUCGCUCGGCUUCCCGCCGCCGCCGGCGGAGCUCGCGGAGAAGCCGCUCGAGGAGGAGCCCCUCGAGGCCCUCUCCCUGCAGCGGAGCUGCCGCGCCCGCUGCUGCGCCGCAUGCUGCGGGCGGGCGUCCCGCUGCAGCACCGCGCGCAUGUCUGGCGGGCGUGCGCCGCGCUUGCGCGGGCAGACGGCGCGGCAGCGGGAGAGGACGAGCUGAGCCUGAGGGCAGCCGCAGCCGCCGGCGGCGACGGCAAGGGCGACGGUGGCGGCGGCAGCGAGGGCAGCGGCGGCGGCAGCGAGGGCGUUUUCUCCCCUGCUCUCCCGGGCGAAGCUGCGGCGGCGGGGCCGCCUGUCGGGCUGCGCGAGAUUUACGCGGCGCACGUCGAGGUCGGAAUCUCGCGCUCUGAGACGGAGGAGGCUUCAGGGCUGUCUGCGGCGCAGCGGCGCGAGAGGCUGGGCGCGCGCAUCUCGCCCUCCGAGAUCUCGCGAGAUGACCCGAGAUUGUGCCCUAGGCGCGAGGUCGAGCAGGACUUGCUGCGCACCUUUCCAGAGCACGCGCUCUUCUCGUCGCACGCGCGGCAGGCGGGCCUCGUCCCGCCGCUGCGCCGGCUGCUCCUCUGCCUCGCGCGCCAAGUGCCGACUGUCGGCUAUUGCCAAGGCAUCAAUUUCAUCGCCGCUUUCUUGCUGCUGCAUGCCGAUGAGGGCACCGCUUUCGAGCUGCUCGUCGCGCUGACGUCGCAAGCGGCGCUGCUGAGGGGGAUGCACACGGCGGACAUGCCCGCACUGCACGCCGCCCACGCCGCCCUCCUCUCCUCGUUCGAGCAGAGCAUGCCUCAGCUGAUGGCGAGACUGCGCGACGACGGCGUCCCGCUGCGGGAGGCGUCGACCCAGUGGCUGCUGUGCGCGCUCGUCGACGUGAUGCCUCCGGGCGCUGUCGGGCGGGUGUGGGACCUGAUGUUUCUCGACGGCGCGCGCGUCCUCCUCCGCUCCAUCGCCGCCGCCUUCCGCCUCCAUGAGGCGGCCCUCCUCGCGGAGCACGCCGACCUCGCCGACUCUGCCGACGGCGGCCUCAAGGCGGUGCUGCGCGCGGCGACGCCGCGGCUGCUCUCGCGCGCGAUGAGCCAGCAGGAGCUCACGCGCAUCUGUGACGAGGCGGCGGGCUCCGCGGGUCUCGGCGAGGUCACGGCGGCCACCAGGGCGGCGGAGGGCGGCGGCGGGGAGCGGCCGUGGUGGGCGCUCUCCCGCGCCGCCCUGUCCGGCGAGAGGUCGCCGGGGUAGGCCAAGGACGACCACCGCCGCUAUGGCGCGCUUGCCUGUCACGCUGCAGCGGGAGGGGUCGCCAUCUUGGGCUCGCGCGCAGCAGAGAGGCGCACCGGGCAGCACACAAAAACGAAAUACACGAUCGACGAUGAUCCAACCGAUUGAAGAUCCCUCACUCACCAAGAUCGUGCAGGACGGGAUCACAUCUUGACUAUCUCGUGCAUGGAAAUAAAUAAAAC